AUUUGUACUUAAGUAUUAUUGAAUAAAUUAUAGGUUUUAAUACUAUUGCUGAUGUUUUACCGUUGUUUGUAUAUCAAUACGUUGUUAUGUCACAUGACCCACUUUAGAGGAGCUAUUUUAGAUUUAGCAAUGAGUAAACUUUGUCGCGGUUCCCCUCUAAAAUCCACUUCUUCAAGAGUUGACCUUUAGCGGGGAAGCAACUUUUGGACAUAGUGUCACUUGUUUGAAACAGUUCAACUUCGCAAACUCAGCUUCAUUUCCGCAAUCAACAACUGAACGGCUGUAGCAGCGAGCAGACACUUCCUCCCGUGAGUUGGAAACACUGAAAUGUGCUUAGCGACGCAACUUCGAGUCUAAAUACAAAACGUUUGUGGCUCCAUAAACCAAGAAAAGGAUAAGGAUAGUUAGCAGCAGCAUUCAUUGCAAAGGGCUUUCACCCUCAGAGAUGACAGCCAGCACCCCCAGCUACCUGUGGUCCUUACAGGAUGUCCUGGGUCAAGGGGCUACUGCCUGCGUCUACAAGGCUCGAAAUAAGCGGACGGGUGAGUUGGUAGCCGUCAAGGUUUUCAACUUGGCGAGCUACAACCGCACUCAUGAGGUGCAGAUGAGGGAGUUUGACAUGCUGAGGAAGCUCAACCACAAGAACAUUGUCAAGCUUUACGCCGUGGAGGAGCUGCCAUCUAAACAGAAGGUUCUAGUGAUGGAAUUCUGCUCGGGGGGAAGUUUGCUCAACGUGCUUGAAGAGCCAGAAAAUGCUUUUGGCCUGGCUGAGGCGGAGUUUCUCACUGUAUUGCAAUGUGUUGUACAGGGAAUGAACCACCUACGAGAGAACGGUGUGGUGCACCGGGACAUUAAACCAGGCAACAUAAUGCGUCAGACGGGUGAGGACGGCAGGUCUGUCUAUAAGCUAACUGACUUCGGAGCGGCGAGAGAGUUGGAGGAUGAUGAGAAGUUUAUGUCCAUUUAUGGAACUGAAGAAUAUCUGGUAAGGAAUCACAAGAAGAGAAACGGUUUGUGUGAUAUUGGCGUGCUGCACGAUCAAAUGGGAUUGUUUGAUUCCUAA